CAUGCAACACGGGAGAGGGGAAACAGGCGCAGCCUCUAUUCUAAAAGCAGGGACAGAGCUGUUCCAAGGUGAGGCAGGACGCAGCACCGGGAGGACUAGACCGACUGCGGUCCCGAACAGCAACCAGCGCUUUACACCAACUGCGGAAACAAGCGAAGCCUCAUACAAACAUUUAUCCAGAAAAGAAAGAGAAGUUUGGCUCAGCUAAAAAAAAAAAAAAAAAAAAAAAUUAAUAAAUCAAAAAGCAAUCCCCCAUUCGCGUCAAGAUAAAAUUAUCAGGGACCAGGGAAACAUUUUACCGGGACAACGCACAGCUCUCAGCUGGUACACUUGUUUUCCCUCCGAAAGAACUGUAAUAUUUCAGGAGCCACAGGGUCUCUCUGCAAUUUUAGCUGAAGCUAAGUGGGAAGGAGCCGUCCACCAUGGAAAACGCUCACACGAAGACUGUGGAAGAAGUUUACAAUUAUUUCUGCGUAAAUGAAUCCACUGGACUUUCCCUGGACGACGUGAAACGACAGAAAGAGAAAUGGGGCUUAAACGAGUUACCAGCGGAGGAAGGAAAAUCUUUAUGGGAGCUCGUCCUAGAGCAGUUUGAAGAUCUGCUUGUUCGAAUUCUUCUGCUGGCUGCAUGCAUAUCUUUUGUUCUUGCCUGGUUUGAGGAGGGGGAAGAAACAAUCACAGCGUUUGUGGAACCUUUUGUAAUUCUACUUAUCCUCAUAGCCAAUGCCAUCGUGGGAGUCUGGCAGGAGCGCAAUGCUGAAGAUGCCAUUGAGGCUCUGAAAGAGUAUGAGCCUGAGAUGGGAAAGGUGUACCGGCAGGACAGGAAAACCGUGCAGCGAAUCAAAGCCAGAGACAUUGUUCCUGGUGACAUUGUGGAAGUGGCUGUUGGAGACAAAGUGCCUGCAGACAUACGCAUCUGUUCCAUCAAGUCAACAACUCUGAGAGUAGACCAGUCCAUUCUGACAGGCGAGUCUGUUUCUGUCAUCAAACACACUGACCCUGUCCCUGACCCUCGAGCGGUCAAUCAAGACAAGAAGAACAUGCUCUUUUCUGGUACCAACAUUUCAGCUGGGAAGGCUGUGGGUGUGGUCGUGGCCACAGGAGUCAACACAGAGAUUGGUAAGAUCCGUGAUGAGAUGGCAGCAACUGAGCAAGAGAAGACACCUCUGCAGCAGAAGUUGGAUGAAUUUGGUCAGCAACUCUCCAAAGUUAUUUCCCUAAUUUGCAUCGCUGUGUGGAUCAUAAACAUUGGCCACUUCAACGACCCUGUCCAUGGGGGUUCUUGGAUCCGUGGAGCAGUCUAUUACUUUAAGAUUGCUGUGGCUCUGGCUGUUGCUGCCAUUCCUGAGGGUCUUCCUGCUGUGAUCACUACAUGCCUAGCUCUAGGCACCAGACGCAUGGCCAAGAAGAACGCUAUCGUCCGCAGCUUGCCUUCUGUAGAGACCCUGGGCUGCACCUCUGUCAUCUGUUCUGACAAAACUGGUACUUUGACCACCAACCAGAUGUCUGUCUGCAGAAUGUUUAUACUCGGCAAAGCAGAAUGUGAAAGCUGCACUCUGUCAGAAUUCACCAUUACAGGAUCAACUUAUGCACCUGAAGGAGAAGUGUAUCAAGAUGGCAAACUAGUGAAAUGCUCCCAGUAUGAUGCUCUGGUUGAACUGGCCACCAUCUGUGCCCUGUGUAAUGACUCAUCCCUGGACUACAAUGAGGUAAAGUUUGUGUACGAGAAGGUGGGGGAAGCCACAGAGACUGCACUGACUUGUCUAGUUGAGAAAAUGAAUGUUUUCGAUACAGAAGUCCACAGCUUGUCUAAGAUUGACAGAGCCAACGCCUGCAACUCAGUGAUCAAACAGCUGAUGAAGAAGGAGUGCACCCUUGAGUUCUCCAGGGACAGGAAGUCCAUGUCUGUCUACUGCACCCCAAACAAGUCUCGUUCCUCGAUGGGCAAGAUGUUUAUAAAGGGGGCCCCAGAAGGAGUAAUUGACCGAUGCACUCAUGUCCGGGUUGGUAACACUAAAGUCCCCCUCACUCAAGGUAUCAAGGAAAAUAUCUUGUCUGUUAUUCGUGAGUAUGGAACAGGUCGGGACACAUUGAGAUGUCUGGCUUUGGCCACACGAGACAACCCUCCUAAAAUGGAGGACAUGGUACUCUCCGAUACCUCCAAGUUCACAGAAUAUGAGUCUGACCUGACCUUUGUUGGCUGCGUUGGCAUGCUGGAUCCACCCAGGCAGGAGGUGGCUGCCUCAAUUAAACUGUGUCGUCAGGCUGGCAUUCGGGUCAUCAUGAUUACCGGGGACAAUAAAGGCACAGCCGUGGCCAUUUGCAGACGCAUCGGCAUCCUGAUGGAGGAUGAUGAUAUAGAGCACAUGGCCUUCACUGGACGAGAAUUUGAUGAACUGUCUCCCUACGCCCAGCGGGAGGCCGUAACCAAAGCUCGGUGCUUUGCCCGUGUUGAGCCAUCCCACAAGUCCAAGAUUGUUGAGGUCCUGCAAGGAUUUAAUGAAAUAACUGCCAUGACAGGAGAUGGAGUGAACGAUGCCCCUGCACUAAAGAAGGCAGAGAUCGGCAUCGCCAUGGGUUCUGGCACUGCCGUGGCCAAGUCAGCCUCAGAGAUGGUCCUCGCAGACGACAAUUUCUCCUCCAUUGUUGCUGCUGUAGAAGAGGGCAGAGCUAUAUAUAAUAACAUGAAACAGUUUAUCAGAUACCUUAUCUCCUCCAAUGUGGGUGAGGUUGUUUGCAUCUUCCUGACCGCUGCUCUGGGGUUCCCCGAGGCUCUGAUCCCAGUUCAGCUGCUUUGGGUUAAUUUGGUGACAGAUGGCCUCCCUGCUACAGCCCUUGGCUUCAACCCCCCAGAUUUGGACAUCAUGGAGAAACCUCCCCGUAAUGCAAAGGAACCGCUGAUCUCUGGUUGGCUCUUUUUCAGAUACCUGGCUAUUGGAGGUUAUGUAGGAGCUGCCACUGUGGGAGCCGCUGCAUGGUGGUUUACAGUCUCUGAGGGUGGCCCACAGCUCACUAUUUAUCAGCUGUGCCACUUUUUGCAAUGCGACCCAGACAACCCUGAAUUUGAAGGUUUGGACUGCCAUGUGUUUGAGUCACCAUAUCCAAUGACCAUGGCCCUGUCUGUGCUUGUCACAAUAGAGAUGUGCAAUGCUCUGAACAGUUUGUCAGAGAACCAAUCCCUGCUGCGUAUGCCUCCCUGGGAGAACAUUUGGCUGCUGGGGGCCAUCUGCCUUUCCAUGUCUCUUCACUUCCUCAUCCUCUAUGUAGAGCCUCUACCUGUCAUCUUCCAGAUCACCCCUCUUGAUACCACCCAGUGGAUGAUGGUGCUGAAGAUCUCCCUUCCCGUCAUCCUGCUAGAUGAGCUGCUGAAGUUUGCUGCCAGGAACUACUUGGAACUGGGUAAACAGCUGGAGAAUCCAACCAGCAGAAGCUGUUCCCUGUCUGCAUGCACUAAAGGAAUUUCCUGGCCCUUCUUGGCCAUCUCCCUGCCAGUAUUGCUGUGGAUUUACAGCACCGACACUAACAUGUCUGCCAUGUUUUGGCCCUGACUGACUUCAUUGCACUACCCUUCCAGCACACCUGUGUGAAAUGGACAUUAACACACAUUGAAUGGUUACAUUAGCUGUAGAAAACUCGCAAAUGCACCUGCUUUGACCAACUGUCAAAUAUGUUACAUGUGUUACUAUUUACAUUUCCAAUGCUAAAUAUUUUUAGCUGGUGGUUUGGUCAGUAUCUAGUCAUAUUUUAAUGACUGGAGAUACAGCUGUUAUUUUACAACCAGGCUUCUCUCAUCUUCAGGCAUCAUUUGGAUGACUUAGAGAAAGAAGCCUUUGAUGUUGGAGUUUUGUGGUUAGUUGUACAAAGAUUUGCUCUAUUUUCUAUAUAGUAAAUUUAGGCAAGGGGAAAAAAAGUCUAAGUUUGUAUAGAGCAUUUUUGUAAUAAAUUAAAGUACUUCACUUAAGCGAGGGCAAAUGUUGCAAUAUAUGAAUCUCAGUUAUUUCUAAGAUCUGUACACUUACAUUAUUUUCUCCACUAGGCAGAGUGCAGCUAUCUCAAAGCUGUUACUAUGAUCAGAAGUACCCAUUUGUCUAAACGUUUAAAAGGUUUUCAGUAAAGUUAUUGAGGUACAUAGUUUCCUGCGGUAUUUGGCCCCUUUGAACAUCUUGACCUUUUGCCACAUGUCAGGCUUAAAACAUAAAGAUAUAAAAUUGUAAUCACUGAGAAGAUUUUGCGAAGAAUCUUCUCAGUGGGUACCAGGGAGAACAGCCCAUGGUGGGGAUGUGAGGGGAUGCUGAUGAUGAUAUGGGCUCGGGACACGCAGCGCUGGGAUGAAAUGUCUUUAAUAGAGCGAAGAGGAUAAUAAAAGUGAACAUGUUUGCCCGGCAGAUUUCGGCAUUUUAACCCAAAAAUAACUUAAAAUGCUGAAAUCUGCCGGGCAAACAUGUUCACUUUUAUCAUCCUGGUGCCUGCAGUUUGGAUUACGUUACUUUUUAGAAACCCAAAUCUGAUCAAAUAUGCUUCAGCCACUCAUCAGAACUAAACUUGUACAAGCAUAAAAAAAUGAAGCAGCAUGCAAGUUUUUGCUGCUCUUGCUGCUUUAGGUGUGAACGUAGCAUAACACUGGCUAGCUUCCAGCCAUGACAUCCUGCAUGAGAAUUGGGGGCUUGAUUCGUUCAUGUGUCAGGGUACGACACGGGGGAGGGACAAGCAGAUGAUUGACGUGUCAGGAACCAGUUGUGUACAAUGGACCGUCUUUUGUGAUUGGUUGGGGUUACUUCCAGACCUUCUAUUUCACUGCUUGCUAAGCAGCUGUGGGGAGAUCUUUAAGCCACAUGGUAAAAUCUGCAUCAGAAAAGAUCUCCUACUGCACCUUUAAAGCAUGCUGGCACCAUGGCUUGGUCAAGGUGUUAAAAAUGUCUGUGUGGACACCAGCCAGAUGACCUGCACACUCGGUGAACACCCGGGGCCUGGUGCCUUAGUCGAGUUGACGCUUCAGAGUUUUCCACACCGCAGCUGUGUCAAGGCAGAGUGCCUCCUCUACCUGGUGAACAACAGGUUUCACAGCUGGAAUGUUGUUUAGUGCCUCAAGCCUUCCAAACAAGUCAUUAAAUCAAUUUAGGAAGUCAGCAUCAGCUACUCCCACUGGGGGAGGGUGUGUUGUAGUCUGUGAUCACCCAUGUGCCUUGCCACAUCCUCGUUGGUGUUGCUGGCAUCAUGGAAGAGAUCCUGGAUCUUCUGGCUGUGGUUCGGUUACACUGGUCUGAUGGCACGGUUCAAGUUGGCUCGCGUUGUCCUCUGCAGCCCCUUUUUUGUCACCAUGCACACUAGGGCUGCAACAACGAAUCGAUAAAAUCGAUAAAAAUCGACUUUUAAAAGCGUUGGCAACGAAUUUAAUCAUCGAUUAGUUGUGUCGCGCGAUUAAUGCGUCAUCCGCCGCCACCGUCAUCU